AUUUGACAUUUGUGCGUAGCGUCUGUCAGAAAACUCUUCGCAAACGAUUUCGGCUUGUGCAUACUUCCGUAAGAAAAUUGUAAUUUCUCAAUAAUUGUGCAUCAAAAUAUAUAAUAUAAACUAAUUAUUGUGAAAAUAAUUUGUGUUAAGUAUAAAAAUUAUAAUUGAAUAACUACAAGUAGCUAUAAUAAUGGGCUCAGAAGACCGUGAUAGGCGCCGCCAUAGAUCGCGUUCAAGGGAGCGCGACCGCGAACGCGAUUAUCGUCGUUCACGUUCACGCGAUCGUAAGCGUGAAGGCGGUGCUGGUGGAGGUGGCGGAGGCGGCCGUGAUCGGCACACACGUUCGCGCCGAAGAAAACCCUCUCUAUAUUGGGAUGUGCCACCACCAGGUUUUGAACACAUCACCCCAAUGCAGUACAAAGCAAUGCAGGCAGCCGGUCAAAUACCGGCAAAUGCUGUACCCGAAAUACCACAAGCUGCCGUGCCGGUUGUGGGCUCGACCAUAACACGACAAGCACGUCGUCUCUACGUAGGCAAUAUACCAUUCGGCGUAACCGAAGAUGAAAUGAUGGAAUUCUUCAAUCAACAAAUGCACUUGACUGGUCUGGCACAAGCGGCUGGUAGUCCAGUGCUAGCAUGCCAGAUAAACUUGGAUAAGAAUUUCGCAUUCUUAGAAUUCCGUUCGACUGACGAAACCACACAGGCAAUGGCAUUCGAUGGCAUCAAUUUUAAGGGACAGAGUUUGAAGAUACGGCGUCCGCAUGAUUAUCAACCCAUGCCAGGUGUGGCUGAUGCGCCGCCAAUAACAGCGCCAGUGGCUAAUGGCGUCAUUUCCACCGUUGUGCCAGAUUCGCCGCACAAGAUUUUCAUUGGUGGCUUACCAAAUUAUUUGAAUGAAGAGCAGGUCAAAGAGUUGUUACUCUCCUUCGGUCAAUUGCGCGCUUUCAAUCUGGUUAAGGAUGCCGCCACUGGUUUGAGCAAAGGUUAUGCAUUCUCCGAGUAUGUGGAUCACAGCAUAACCGAUCAGGCUAUUGCUGGUCUAAAUGGCAUGCAGUUGGGCGAUAAAAAGCUGAUUGUACAACGCGCUAGCGUUGGCGCUAAGAACGCACAGAAUAGCGCCACCACUGCAGCGCCGGUCAUGAUACAAGUACCGGGUCUUUCAAUGGUCGGCACCUCCGGACCACCCACUGAGGUGCUGUGCUUGCUGAACAUGGUCACGCCGGAUGAGUUGCGUGACGAGGAGGAGUACGAAGACAUUUUGGAGGAUAUCAAAGAGGAAUGCAAUAAGUAUGGUGUGGUGCGCAGCGUGGAGAUACCACGCCCCAUUGAGGGGGUCGAUGUGCCCGGUUGUGGUAAAGUAUUUGUCGAAUUCAAUUCGGUGAUGGAUUGUCAGAAGGCUCAGCAGGCGUUGACUGGACGUAAAUUCAGCGAUCGUGUUGUUGUCACCUCAUACUUUGAUCCGGACAAAUAUCAUCGACGUGAAUUUUAGAGCGCAAUUGGGUAAAUGACACACACAACUCCUUCUUCAAAUUAUUUUAAACCCAAAUGUAUGUCAAUCAUUUACACACACAUUUGCAAAUAUAUAGUCUUUAUAAAUGUAAGUGCAUAACUGGAUUUAGUUUACUAUGCCUUAGUGUGGCGUCAUCAUACUGCAGCCAAAAAAUAGACCGGCAAGUUGGCUCACAUCCAUUUUAAUGUAGUCUCAAACCAAGGACAAACCAUGGUUAACCAAGCAAGCAUAAUUUAAAAAUAUAAUGAUAAUUGAAUUUUUGUUUUCGCGAAUUGUUUCGAUAAUUGCAUAAUAACUAUUUGUACGCGGAAUGGCGUUCAAUAAUAAAGGCGACACUUUUUGGUAAUUAUACUAA